UACCUCCGCUCUCAAGUCUCUUCCCUUCGAAAUCCGUCCAAUUCUUCCCGAAUUUUUGCCGAAUAUGGACAAACGAUCCGCUCCGAAACCCGAAACGUCGGUUAGCAAAACAACAACGGCGAAGACGAAGGAGAAAGAAUCGAGCUCCUCUGAUUCUUCCUCCUCCUCCUCCUCCUCUUCUGGUAGAGGAUCUUUGGCGAGGAAAGAAGCGGGUCAUCGGAGAACGAGGAGGAACAAUAGCGGGUCUAGAUCCAUUAAGGUGGGUCCUGAACCCGUUAAGGUCGGGAUUGUUGAUGCGUCGUGGUUGCUGCUGCCGGACUUGGUGAAGAGGAGGUGCACUUGGAUCACUCCUUACUCUGAGAAAGUCUGUGUUUCCUUUCAUGAUGAAGAAUGGGGAGUCCCAGUUCAUGAUGAUCAAAAGUUAUUCGAGCUGCUUAUUUUGUCACAAGCUUUAGCUGAACUCAGUUGGCCCACAAUUCUUAACAAGAGAGACAUAUUUCGGAAGAUCUUUGAGAGCUUUGAUGCUUCUUCUGUUGCUAAGUUCAGUGAGAAGAAGAUAGCAUCACUAAAAUCAAGUGGCAGCUUAUUAUUGUCUGAACAAAAAUUCCGGGCAGUGGUGGAGAAUGCAAAACAGAUGCUCAAGAUCAUGGAGGAAUUUGGUUCGUUCAGCCGCUACUGCUGGAGCUUCGUGAACCACAAACCGAUCAUAAAUGGUUUUCGUUAUGCUCGCCAAGUGCCAACCAAGACCCCCAAAGCCGAAACCAUGAGUAAAGACUUGAUGCAGAGAGGUUUUCGUUGCGUUGGCCCAACAGUGAUCUAUUCGUUUAUGCAAGCAGCCGGCCUCGUCAAUGACCAUCUCUCCAGUUGCUUCAGAUAUGGAGAGUGUAUUCGUCCUAAAGCCAAAGAGAUGAAAACAAAGAUGGAGGGGUCUGUGGCAAUUUGCGAGGUGAUGGAUGAGGCAUGCUCCUUAAAAGCUUGAUUUAGGGUAACUACAUGUAGUUUUCUAACGGAGAAAUCUAAUUGAUCCUCAGUGUAAAGUUGUGUACAGCGUGUGUCAUGCUGCUUGUAGUUUUCUUGUUGUUUGGUUACUCAUCUGCUAAUAUGUCACUAACAUUUAUGUUGUAUGUUUGGUAUUUUAUGCUGAUUUAAAUCUCACGUGUUGCUUCC